CGAUGCAAAAUCAAGUGCCAAAAUAAUGGAUUUUGUCAGUCAAUAUCAUACAUCAAUUCAUUAAGUCAAUGGAUUUUGUCAGUCAAAUAUCAUUUCACACCAUGCCUGUCACAUUAACAAUGCUGUAGAAAUCUUGAAAAAAAACACAUAAAUUGUCAAAGCACAUUUACAGUUGCAUAUGAUAACAAGUAAUUUGCGAUAUUUGGCUUUAGAUAUCGGCACUUUAAUAAGAGUUGUUCAUUCGCAACUCGAAGGGGAGUGCUAAACGGGUGCUAUAUGAUUUUAACUACCAAAAUAGCACCCAGCACCAUUUUGAAGCAUUCCAAUGGAGGUGAUAAACUUAGCACUCCAGAAGAGAGAAAAGAAAGAGGGGGUAAAAUUCUGGAGGCAAAAAUUCCAACACCUUUGGCACAUAAAACAGGACAAAAGUAACAUUCACUUGUACCGACGAAUUCAAAACUCAAAACAGUCGGCUUCAAAACACUCAAAAUAUAUAGGCAAACUUGAACAUGCUUUCAACUACAAAUCAACAUACACAAACACAGUUCUCUCUAACGUCAAACUAGAACAGUUAUACAAUCUUGAAAUUAAAUCAAAACAGCGGCAUAAACUUGCCUCUUCACCAUCAAAUUCAAUACGAAUCUACAUGGUAGAAGCUUGGGUUUACUUCAAAUAUAACCUGAUAGUGAAGCUUGAAAACAAGCGUGAUAGAAGCUUGAAUUUGAUGGUGAGGAUGUGAGCUUAUCCAACUCCAAUUUUAUGAUUUUUAUAGAAUCUUAAAUUUUAAAUCCUAAUCUCCAGAUUAUUCGGAUAUAUUCGGAUAUACUUUAAAUCCAUCUCAAAAAAACUCCUCUAAACCAUACCUUCAAAAACACUGUAUAAAACCAUAUUGUAAGAAAACCCCCAAAAUUCAUGUACUAAAAGCAGGCCCUGAACUGUUACAGACUCAAUAAAUCAGACUUUCUGCAAUGCAUUGCAGGAUAAGUCGGUGUAAUGUGUGUGCAUACGCUAUUCCCAGAUCCCACCAUCACUAUACAAAAUGUAACUUUCAAUUACCCAAAAAAAAGGUGACUUUCAUAGAAAAAAAAAGUGUGCACUUACUCAUUUGUGUCCACUGAUGAUUUCACUGUCCAAAUGAAACAGUAGUAUGCAAAUGAACAGAAACAAUAAUUAUUCCAAUUUAUCUGCAAUAAAGAAUUAGUUAAUCAAACUAUUUUUUUUUCUCUUUUAGACAAAUUUGUAUGUUAAUGGAUUCUUUGACUCUGUCCAAGUCAGUCACUAUCUCUAUAGCUUCAAUAUAGGUUAGGAGAAACAGAAACUAAAUAGGAAAAAGUCGUUGUUACAGGUUGGAGCAUCCACAGAACAACUGUAGCUGAUGCAUCACUUUCAUAUUCCAUUCCAAAGCCAGAACAGAACUAUCACUUCACUUGCCACAGAAUUUCUAACAUGCUUCAGCCUUCAAUGCCGCCCUACUUUGGAAAUCCCUAUUUUUCCACGUUUUCCAAUACCAUUAAAUACAUUUUGUGCAGUCAAUCACGUUUCCUUUAAGAAUAAAUCUAGAAAUUAGAAGGCGUCAUUUCCUUUUAUUAGGAGGUGAGCAAAGUUAGACUCAAUCCACUUGAGGUAUUGUAUGCUCUGGUUCCAAAGCCCACACAGUUUUGUCCUUUAAAAGGACUCUCAAAGUGGUCGGUAGUGGGUUCAUACUUAUAAACAACAUCACUUGGCAAUCUCGCAAUCUCAAAACAAUGUGAAAUUCUUUUAUAUCUUAACAAGACCUACUCGGUUGUUAUUCGGUGAUCUUAUAUGUUUGCUUCUGUUGACUGAAGAUAGAAAAAUAAAUACUCUGGAUUUCCAAGUUUUAGUCUUUCACUCGAAAAAGACCCAAAUUCGGUGGGGCCUUCCUCUAUAUCUGCUUUCUUUUGUGGGCUAUAAAUUCAUCACCCAUUGUAGGAUAGAUGACAAAUAACAUCUCAAGGAAUCCUAAUUAUUUCUAUAGAAUCCUUUUAAGAGAAACUCCAAUUGGGUGUUUACUUUUUUGCUUUCUAGUUGUCUAGAUAUGGUGGCUUUGGUUUGAACCCUGUUGUGGACCUUGGUGUCUAUUAAUCACUGUUUCAUGGCACUUUAAUUUUCCUUCUCUCUCAACUUCUAACACACCAGAAUGAGAGUUACUACUAGACCUAGUGGUACAAAGAGGAUAUGCAAUUCUAGAGAAGAAGAAAGUCAUGAACUACGAAGAGGGCCUUGGACACUGGAAGAAGACACAAUGCUCACUCACUAUAUUGCACGACAAGGUGAAGGUCGAUGGAACAUGUUAGCAAAAUGUGCAGGGCUGAAGAGAACAGGAAAGAGUUGCAGAUUGAGAUGGCUGAAUUAUCUAAAACCAGAUAUUAAGCACGGAAAUCUUACUCCACAAGAGCAGCUUUUGAUCCUUGAUCUCCAUUCCAAAUGGGGCAAUAGGUGGUCAAAGAUUGCAGAGCAUUUGCCUGGAAGAACAGACAAUGAGAUCAAGAACUAUUGGAGGACAAGAGUGCAAAAACAGGCUCGCCAAAUGAACAUUGAGUCUAACAGCAAGAGGUUCUCUGAUGCUCUCAGGUUCUUUUGGGUCCCAAGAUUGCUUCAAAAGAUGGAACAAACUUCAACUUCUUCUUCAUCUUCUUUGACAACCCAAAAUCAGAUGGAUGUUUCUCUAUCCCCAAACUCCACUACAGCUCCUACUCCGACUCCUCCAUGUCCUACCCCAGCAACCAAAUUGGUAAAGAACCCUAAUCUGAUCAGCACAGAAAAUUUAAUGCCCGCAGUGACUAGUCCAAAUACUACUAUUUCCACCGAUUCCAUUACAAUAAUCUCACAGCAGCCUCAAAUUCCUGAAUACCCAAAAAGUCCACUUUCACUUAGCAAUGACUACAGUGUCUACAGCAACAAUCCAAAUCUAGAUGAUCAUUGUUACUAUGUGAGUAGCAGUAGCUUUGACAUGGAGUGCUUCAAUGUGGAAUAUCCCAUUUCAUCCCAUAUGGGUAGUUUUUACAAUUUGCCACCAGAAUGCCAGGUGGCAGAAGGUAAUUGGACAAGUAAUGACAUGACAGAUACAUUAUGGAACAAUUUGGAUGACAUAUGGCAGCUCAGGGACAUAGAAGAGGUGGGCAUCUAGAGUGAUGACAUGACAGAUAUAUUAUGGAACAAUUUGGAUGACAUGACAGCUCAGAGACUUAGACGAGAUGGGCAUCUAGAGUACUGGACCAGAGUGGGGUGGCCCUGUAAACUUCCGACCAACCACGAGCAAUUUCUUACGGCCCUGAACACACCCCUUUUAGGGGAGGAAAUCGGCAGCUAUGUCCUAUAUUGCUAACUAAAAGCCUAUAAAAAAAAAUUUAAAAAAAAACUAAAAGCCUAUAACCUAUAGCCUCUCAUUGUAAGAAAAUUAUUCUGUCCGAUAACUUUAAAUUAUUCUCAUGAAAAUGGUGUCAAUAAUUCACUAUUUAUUAGAAUGCUCAUCAUGACCUCAGUAUCAUGGCUCAAAUUUCCUGCACACUGAUGCUUACAUCUGUUUUUGAACACCCUUACACCACAGGAUUUUGAGUUAACAGAGAUUUGAAAGGAAAAAAUUUCAAGCCCCCAUUAAACAGAAGGGUUUACCCAAUAUCUAUUGGGC